GCACCGAGGAAGUCAACAGGCACCUCACUGGGUAAGCCAUGACGACGCUGUGCUCUUCCUCCAAAGUAAGGGCACUUGUACUGUUGAUGACUUUUCACCAUGUUCGAAGCAGACAAAUCAACACCCUUGCUGGCCCAUACAUCGCCUACGGCAAUCGGUGGGACACGUGUCCAUCAGAAAACGUGGAGCUGCCCGUCCGCCUGGGCCAUUUCAACCCUCUUCGGCCGUACGACCCGCAGACGCUCUCAGGAGAAGUGACAUACAAAGAAGACUUCGGGGACAAUUACAUUACAAGUGUUACCGUAGCCAAGCGAUCGAACAAUCAGUGGAAGGAAAACUUCUUCGUCGCGAAGUUCACCCGGAUGGGAUGCUCCGCAGUGCGCGACAACAUUCCUAACCUGUUCCGCAUCGUCGUCAAAUAUAAUCCGGGAAUGGGCAGCAAGAAGACCUGUUCCAUACCGGCGGUGCGUAUCACCCGUGACACGUUUCAGCGGCCGUUGGGAAUAAGGGCGGCCGCUUCACCCUAAAUGAUACAAUUCAUUGGAUCUUACCUAACGUGCCGAUCUUGCCCUAUGGGCGCUACCAGUUUCAAUUCGUGUCGCGAGUCGCGAAUGACACCGACAGAG